GUCCCUGGAAGCAAAUAUAAAACAUGGCUCUCCUGAGAAAAAUCAAUCGGAUCCUGCUGGUGCUGCUGGUGCUGAUGGUGUGCCUCCUCCUGCGCAGUACACUGCUCAGAGCCUCCGCUCGGCCAAGACUCUCAGAGAACAGGAAAAGCCCCAAGAAUGCAGGACAAGUUUCUCCGGACCACGCUGCAGAAGCGCAUGAUGUCGUGCCCGUCGUCAUCUGUGCAUCAGAGGAGCGCAUGGGUGCCUCCAUGGCAACCAUCAACAGCAUCAUCAGCAACACAGACGCCAGUGUUUUCUUCUACGUUGUUACUCUUCGUGAUGCUGUCAAACUCACGAGGAGGUACAUAGAGAAGACAAAACUCAAAGGCAUCCGCUACAAGAUAGUGGAAUUUAACCCGAUGGUCCUUGUUGGAAAAGUGAAGCCAGAUUCAUCUCGACCUGAUCUCUUACAUCCCCUCAACUUUGUGCGGUUUUACCUCCCUCUGCUCGACAUCCUCCACAAGAGGGUUAUAUACUUAGAUGAUGACAUCAUCGUGCAGGGUGACAUCAGGGAUCUGUUUAAUAUCAAACUGAAGCCAGGACACGCGGCUGCGUUCGCCACAGACUGCGACCUUCCCUCCACACACGAGAUGGUGCGCAGCAUCGGGAUGCAGACAACCUACAUGGGCUUCCUGGACUACAGGAAACAGGAAGUGAAAGACCUGGGCAUCAACCCCAGCGACUGCUCUUUCAACCCUGGAGUCUUUGUGGCAGAUAUGAACGAGUGGAAGAAGCAGAAGGUCACCAAAGAGCUGGAGAAGUGGAUGGAGGAGAAUUUCAGACAAAACAUAUACAGCAGUGCCAUGGCAGGGGGCGUGGCAACCCCACCCAUGCUAAUCGUGUUUCAUGACAAAUACACAAUACUGGACCCUCUGUGGCACGUCAGGCACCUGGGCUGGAGUCCGGAUGUCCAUUACCCAGAGAACUUCCUCCAGGAGGCGCACCUCCUCCACUGGAACGGCCCGUUCAAACCCUGGAACUACCCUGCUGUGCAUUUAGAUCGCUGGGAGAAGUGGUUCAUCCCAGACCCCUCUGGAAGGUUCUCUUUGGAACGUCCUGACGACGACAGCUGAGGUCUGUGACUGCGGCGCCAAGGAGCCGGUCAGAGGGUCACGUGACACACGCUUACAGUGACAGGGCGAAAGAAUAAAUCCAUGAAUGUAACACUGAAAACCAGCGAGACACCAAACUGUGACCAAUCUAAAGAGUGUCUGUUACUGGUAACACUCGCAGGUACAAAUAUUACUCAUUACUUUCAGCAGUGACUUCAAAGAGAACAUAAGAGACUGAACACAGGCGUGUUGUGUGUUUGUGAAACGUGUCGCAUUAUAAAAACUGUAUUUAUUUUUUUUUAAUUUGUUCAUUUCAGGCACAACAAAUACAUAUAUUGAACAAAAA